UCUCCUUUCUCUAAUAUGUGCUAGACAUAACUAGUCGCAUUUCCACCAGCCAAGGUAACAAUGUCGUCCUUCUGUAGAACGUUAUUAAAACCUGUCACCUCGGCUCCUUCAGGAAUUGCUUCCGUUGCUCCUUUCCUUGUCCAAAUUCCAUUAAGAACUGCUUUCUUCCGUAAAAAUGCCAAGAAAGAUGAAAGUGAUGAGAGAUCUUUUAAUCCUAUACAAGAUGGUCCAUCUACAAGAGAUCGUUAUUCUUCCUUGAAAAAAAGAACGUCAGUUCGUACAGUGGAAAGCUAUAAACCACCAUCAAAUGUGGGACAUAAAAUGGAACAGAUUGCUACAGAUAUUUUUGGCAAGGUAUCAGACUGGAAGAAAAUAACUUUGGAUGAUCGCCUUCUUAAAUUUAAGUUCCUUUGUAAAUGUAUUGAAGAAUUUGAACAUGAUAUUCCCAAUACAGAACUGAACUUCAUAACAGACGUAACAAAAGCUAUGGAAUUCUUCCAAACAGAAAUAAGAGACACGUCAUCAUACGAAGAUAUAUCAAAACUAGACCUUCCUCGAAACCUACACAUCCAGAUGGAACCAGUUCGUUUUCAUCCUGACACUGACACAAUGUAUGAUGGUAAAACAGCUUUCCCAGGCAGACCAACUGUAGUUUCCAGUAUCAAAUACAAACAUAAAUACAAGGGUCAUGAUGGACAACAUCGAGUGAAGACAUCUAGUUAACAUCCUACAAUGAUCAUUUAGAUAUUUGAAUUGUAAUAAAAUUAAUAUUUUGGA